CUACUUUUCAAAGCAGAUAUUUUAACACGAGUUGAAGUUUUAAACGCCAUAGACAAUUCCAAUCUUCAGGGUCAAGGGGAGAGAGUCAGAUGGGGUGAGUUGCAAUCCCACUUCUUGAGCCGAUUGGUCUAAAAAUUGGCUAGAUGGGGAGGGGGGCCAAGUCCAUCUAUCAGAGGAGCAGGACAAGGAAAAGUGGAUAUUUUUGGAUUGCUGAAUGCAGAAUCGCAGAUAGGGUCAAAAAGAUGGUUUGGAAAUGGUGACUUUUAGGUUCUUUCUAUGGGGUUUUUAUUAGGCCAGCCACUUAGAGAUCAGGGAGGUUCACAAGAUUAGGGUUUAGGGUAGAUAUGUAUGAGGGAAGAGAUGGGAUCCAAGGGAAUGCUCUUGCCCAUUUGACAUAAGCCCAACAAGCAUGCCCAGCUAGUUACGACGUCAUUACUUCAACUAUAAGUCCAUUGAGACAGGGGGACCCAGGCCCAACCUACCCCCAAUCCCCACGUGAUUCACAAUAUCCCGAAAAACGACGUCAGUUUUGCGUAAAGGCAAUUAUUUGCUUCCAGUAGAAAGUAACCACAAACCCCAAGGCCAAGGCUGCAUCUGAAUCUCCGAUGGGUGUCACCGGCCAAAUCAUCGACGGAGAUUCCGAGUCCACCCUCCUCCUCUCGGCCCCCACUACAACCACGUCCGCCGCCGCCACACCCGAUAACAAACUCCCAAAAGACACAUUCCACUUUGCCUACAUAAUCUACUUCACGCUGGGCUGUGGGUACCUCCUUCCAUGGAACGCCUUCAUCACGGCCGUCGAUUACUUCGACUACCUCUACCCGGAAGUCAGCGUGGACCGUAUAUUCGCCGUCGUUUACAUGGUGGUGGGCCUCGUCUGUCUCCUCCUCAUCAUCCUUUACUCCCGCAAGUCCCACUCCUUCGUCCGCAUCAACGUCGGCCUCGCCCUCUUCAUCCUCGCCCUCCUCGUUGUCCCCGUCAUGGACCUCGUCUACAUCAAGGGCCAAGUCGGCUUGUAUAACGGCUUCUACGUCACCGUCGCGGUCAUGGCUCUCUGUGGCCUCGCUGACGCGUUGGUCCAGGGUGGUGUCAUCGGGGCCGCCGGUGAGCUCCCCGAGCGCUACAUGCAGGCCGUUGUUGCUGGCACCGCCGCUUCAGGGGUCCUGAUUUCUCUUCUACGGAUCAUAACGAAGGCCAUGUACCCACAGGACGCCAAUGGCCUGAGAAGCAGCGCAAACCUGUAUUUCGGUGUUGGUAUCGUGGUUAUGGCUGUAUGCAUUGUGUUUCAUAAUGUAGCACACAGGCUUCCGGUUAUAAAGUACUACAACGAAUUGAAAGCUCAGGCUGUAAACGAGGAGAAAGAAGAGAAAGGUCCCCUCACGGGGCCUGUUUGGAGAGCAACCUUGUGGGGUAUCGUAGGAAGAGUGAAGUGGUAUGCACUUGGCAUUGUCCUCAUCUAUAUUGUGACUCUCUCAAUAUUUCCCGGGUAUAUCACAGAGGAUGUGCACUCGGAGAUUCUCAAGGACUGGUACUCGAUCCUCCUAAUCACCGGCUACAACGUGUUUGAUCUGGUCGGAAAGUCUCUGACUGCAGCGUAUCUCCUUCAAAAUGAAAAGGUUGCCAUUGGUGGCUGCGCUGUAAGAUUGCUGUUCUUUCCUCUCUUCUAUGGGUGCUUGCAUGGUCCCGCAUUCUUUCGAACGGAGAUUCCAGUGACAAUCCUGACUUGCCUUUUGGGGCUUACCAAUGGCUACUUGACUAGCGUGUUGAUGAUUUUGGCUCCCAAAGUUGUCCAAUUACAACAUGCAGAGACUGCAGGGAUUGUGUUGGUGUUGUUCUUAGUUUUUGGUCUGGCUAUUGGUUCAGUUGUAUCUUGGUUUUGGGUCAUCUGAUUUUGAAGCAAUUUGUAUGACAAAGGGGGUUGGAAUGAGUUCCUCUGGUGUUCACAUUCUGUAAAGCCUUGUAAACUUAAUUGUUAAUGAUAGUUUUUCCACCAUUCAUAUGGGUUAUUUUCA